AACCAAGCGUCAGUAACAUUGCUCCUAGUUCUCUACUCCAUCGCUCGACAUGGCCUAUCGGGUUCACCAGGGCGCAUCCGGCAAUCCAUUCUCUGAUGCAGCCGCCAUCCACUCCGAUAUGUCUUCACAGAGUCAUUACAGUGGACGAGGUACGAGCCAUGAUCCGUAUUUCGGCCAUAGAGAUCUCGCCAAGAUAUGCUCGCACUUUAUCAAGCACCUGUUCCGGUGUCCUGAUGUUUCUCAUGUUACCGGUUCUCCUUUCGACGAUCCAGCCAUCCCUCUGGCGCAGUUCAUAGCACACGCUAUCCAUUCCUCUAAGGCGGACACGUCCACAGUCUUCUCCGCCCUCUAUCUUUUGCAACGCUUGAAGGGACGCUACCCUAUGUCUUGGGGCGGCAAUGGCAUGUCCGGACAGCGUCUCUUCCUUUCGGCCCUCAUAGUCGCAUCCCGUUCAUCCCGGGGUCCCCCCAACAGAUCCUGGGUGGAUGUUGGCCAAGGCUUGUUCCACCAUCAGACCGUCGAAGGCAUAGAACGGAAUCUGCUCGAAUUCCUCGAAUAUCGUGUGGACAUCGAACCGUACGCUCUGAAGGAAUUUGAGCGCCUGGUACGCAAGGACUUCCGAGGACAAGGUCCUUAUCCCAAUUACCUCGACACGGCUUCUACCUCAUUCUCUGCACGACCUCAGCGGCGUGAUACGAGUGUUCCUCCUCCCAUAUCCGUUCACCAGGGCGUUCCUGCCUUGUCCAGGUCGCCCUCGAAUACACCUGUGACUAGGGCGCCGGUGACGCCUGGUAUACAUUCUCCCUCUGCCCCUGUAGCCAUGACGGCCUACGGACAGAAGAUGCAUCGGCCUUCGGCAGUGCCGCUCCCUGGUGUCCCCUAUGCAAGAGCCUCGGGAUACUUGUGGUAGACAUAGCUCCUUGUUCGCACCGUCAUACAACACCCAUCCCUCGGCUCGCUACAUCUUCCUCUGCUCUUCAUAGCUGGUAUCGCUUAUAUAAUGAUGACCUCCAGUGCCAUCAGUCUUCUCAUAGUCUCUCUUUUCAUGACGCUCUUACUUCUCCCUAUCUCGACUUAUACUGUUACAACAACCACACGCUCCUUUACUCCUUAUUGCCUCUCUAUCUGCCGCGUUGUAUCCUCACGCUCCUUGCCAAUGCCCGGACAAUCUUUUACUUAAC